AUGCAGAUCUUCGUUAAGACCCUGACUGGCAAGACCAUCACCCUUGAGGUUGAGUCCAGCGAUACCAUCGAUAAUGUCAAGUCCAAGAUUCAGGACAAGGAGGGCAUCCCUCCUGACCAGCAGCGCUUGAUCUUCGCCGGCAAGCAGCUUGAGGAUGGUCGCACUCUUUCGGACUACAACAUCCAGAAGGAGUCUACUCUCCACCUUGUCCUCCGCCUGCGUGGUGGUAUGCAGAUCUUCGUUAAGACCCUGACCGGCAAGACCAUCACUCUCGAGGUUGAGUCUUCCGACACCAUCGAUAAUGUCAAGUCCAAGAUUCAGGACAAGGAGGGUAUUCCCCCUGACCAGCAGCGCCUGAUCUUUGCCGGCAAGCAACUUGAGGAUGGCCGCACCCUCUCCGAUUACAACAUCCAAAAGGAAUCCACCCUGCACCUUGUCCUCCGCCUCCGUGGUGGUAUGCAAAUCUUCGUUAAGACCCUCACCGGAAAGACCAUCACACUGGAAGUUGAAUCCUCAGACACCAUUGACAAUGUGAAGUCUAAGAUCCAAGAUAAGGAGGGUAUCCCCCCUGACCAGCAACGUCUCAUUUUCGCUGGAAAGCAACUUGAGGAUGGCCGCACUCUUUCCGACUACAACAUCCAAAAGGAAUCUACUCUUCACUUGGUCCUUCGUCUUCGUGGUGGUAUGCAGAUUUUUGUCAAGACUCUUACUGGAAAGACCAUUACGCUUGAGGUCGAGAGCUCAGACACCAUCGACAACGUGAAGUCAAAGAUCCAAGACAAGGAGGGUAUUCCUCCUGACCAGCAGCGUCUUAUCUUCGCCGGUAAGCAGCUGGAGGAUGGGCGCACUCUUUCUGACUACAACAUCCAGAAGGAGAGUACCCUUCACCUCGUGCUGCGUCUGCGCGGUGGUCAGUAA